ACGUGACAGUGUCUCCCCGCCCUCUCAUUCCCUGCCUCCAGGUUCUGAGAAGAUGGCGAAGGUCUCAGAGCUUUACGAUGUCACUUGGGAAGAAAUGCGAGAUAAAAUGAGAAAAUGGAGAGAAGAAAACUCACGAAACAGUGAGCAAAUUGUGGAAGUUGGAGAGGAAUUAAUUAAUGAAUAUGCUUCUAAGCUUGGAGAUGAUAUUUGGAUCAUAUAUGAGCAAGUGAUGAUUGCAGCCCUAGACUAUGGUCGAGAUGACUUGGCAUUGUUUUGUCUUCAGGAGUUGAGAAGACAGUUCCCUGGCAGUCACAGAGUCAAAAGACUAACUGGCAUGAGAUUUGAAGCCAUGGAAAGAUAUGAUGAUGCUGUACAACUAUAUGAUAGAAUUUUACAAGAAGAUCCAACUAACACUGCUGCAAGAAAGCGUAAGAUUGCCAUUCGAAAAGCUCAGGGGAAAAAUGUGGAGGCCAUUCGGGAACUGAAUGAGUAUCUGGAACAAUUUGUUGGUGACCAAGAAGCUUGGCAUGAACUUGCAGAACUAUAUAUCAAUGAACAUGACUAUGCUAAAGCAGCCUUUUGUUUAGAGGAGCUAAUGAUGACUAAUCCACACAACCACUUAUACUGUCAGCAGUAUGCUGAAGUUAAAUAUACCCAGGGUGGACUUGAAAACCUCGAACUUUCAAGAAAGUAUUUUGCUCAGGCACUGAAACUGAACAACAGAAAUAUGAGAGCUUUGUUUGGGCUUUACAUGUCGGCAAGUCAUAUUGCUUCUAAUCCAAAAGCAAGUGCAAAAACAAAAAAGGACAACAUGAAAUAUGCUAGUUGGGCAGCUAGUCAAAUAAACAGAGCUUAUCAGUUUGCAGGUCGAAGUAAGAAGGAAACCAAAUACUCUCUUAAGGCAGUCGAAGACAUGUUGGAAACACUGCAGAUCACCCAGUCUUAAGUAUGCAAAACUCUAAAAUUUUGGACAUGCUGGGAAUGGUGUUUCAAAACGUAAUGAUUUAAAGUUAAGUAGACAAGUACAUACAAUAAAAAAAGUAAUAUCUUGUUGCAACUUAGUAUACACUAUUUAAGCCAACCUUAACCAUAGGAUAUUACUGACUUGGAAGCAGAGGAGGAUGUAGAAAAGAUAGAAAUGGAAAACCAGUGCUUCAGUAUGCUGGGAGCAUAUAAUUUUUAUUGGUAAAUAUUUCAAAGAAUCUUUUUUUUUUGAUGCCACAAUCCAUCUAUUCUCAAAGUAACUUUAUUUUACUUUGUUUCAUAGAACUGUAGGAUUUUAGAAGAGACUUUAAAGAUGAAUUAGUUAUAUUCCAUUUUAGGAUGAGGAAUCAAGGUUCUGAGAAAUUAAGCUCUUCUGAGACAGAGCAGGACCAGGAUGUCAGGGGUUCCCAAGUCAGUGUUCUUUCUAGUAUACUCUGAGGCAUAUGUCUAUUCUGUGAUAUGUUCUUCCUAUUUUAAAAUGACAAAAAUAAGAGAUAUAUCCAAGGGGCAUUGCUUGUUAGAGCAGGGAUUAGAAUUCAGAUUUUCUGACUUGUAAAACAAUUUUUUAGUGGAAUAAUAAAGUCAUAAUUUCUUUUUAAAGUCAUAAUUUCAUUUUGAAUUAAACUGAACUUAAACUAAAUUGACCAUUUAAGCUAUUACUUCAUGUAAUCAUUGUGAGAACUCUUUUAGACUAUUUAGAACUACUUCGAACCUCUUUCACUUUGAACCUCUGAUGUAU